AUGUGUCGUUCACGGGCUGGUGCUAUCAUGGAGAACCCGAAACGUACAAGAUGCCAAUCUCGCUCAAUUUUCGACAACAGACACACUCGUCAACUGUCAAUUAUUUGUGUCUGUCUGUCUGUCUGUCUUUUUUGCCAACUGCUCCAAGGAUGUCACAACCAAUUGGGUUUCCUCGACCCUUGCUCCCUGUCCCUGUCAGACUUCCACAUCGUGAUGGGGGCUACAUACUGUACAUGGGGAAAGUUGAGCGACGAGCAUUUUUGCUUGGUCUAG